AUGGAUCUCGCCCACGUGCUCGCGAUCGGCAUCGACAUCGCUGGCGGCAAGCCGGCUGCCGCGGGCUCGGCCGGUAAGUCGAAGCCCUCCGGCGCUGCCAAGUCCGGCCGGCCAGUGGUGACUCGCUUCGCGCCGUCGCCGACUGGCUACCUGCACAUCGGCGGGGCGCGAACGGCCCUCUUCUGCUACCUGUACGCCAAGCAUCACGGCGGCCAAUUCAAGUUGCGCAUCGAGGACACGGACGCGGAGAGGAACGAUGAGAGCGCCGUUACCGCCAUCAUCCAGGGGUUGACUUGGCUGGGCGUCAAGCACGAUGGAGAGGUCGUGCGGCAGAGCAAGAGAAUAGACAGGCACAAGGAGGUCGCGAAGCAGCUGCUUGACGCUGGCAUGGCUUACAAGUGCUACGCCUCAAAGGAGGAGCUGGACGCCCUGAGGGCGCAAGCGGAGAAGGAUAAAGUUCCGUUUAGGUAUCCAGGAAUUUACCGCAAUGUACCGAAGGACUUCGUUCCGCCUGCUGGGAUAGAACCUGUCGUGAGGAUCAAGACGCCUGAUGAUGAUGGAGUCACGAAAUGGGACGACGGUGUCAUGGGCACCAUUGAGAUUCCGAACAAAGACAUUGACGAUUUCAUUAUCCUACGUGCCGAUGGCACCCCCACCUAUUUGCUAGCGGUCGUGGUGGAUGAUCACGACAUGGAGAUAUCGACAGUCAUGCGUGGCUCGGACCACAUUCCGAACACGCCGCGCCAGAUGGCAAUUUACAACAAUAUGGGUUGGGACCUGCCAGAGUUCGCACAUUUUCCUUUGAUUCAUGGACCCGAUGGGAAGAAGAUGUCCAAGCGCCAUGGAGCUACUGGUGCAGAGCAGUACGAGGCUCUAGGGUAUCUGCCCGAGGCCAUGCGUAACUACCUGGCCAGACUGUCCUGGGCGCACGGCAACGACGAGAUAUUCACGACAGAGCAGGCCAUCGAGUGGUUUUCUUUCUCGGGGUGCUCGAAAGGAGCCCCGUGCUUUGACUUUGACAAGCUGGCCAAUUUGAACCAGCACUACAUCAAAGAAUGCGACGUCGAUCGUCUCACAGACAUCGCGCUGAAGCUUUUUCCAGACCUGAAGCCGUUCGAGGCCAAGCUUCGGAUCCCCCGCAUCGCGGACUUGCUGAAGGUCCGGGCCAAAACAGUGGUGGAGUACAGGGAGGCGGCCGAAUUUAUCGUAGGGAAGCGGCCGAUCCCUGUAAUCCCCGCGGCCGCCAAGAACAUAGCCACCGACGCGCAGAAGGGGACAUGCAAGGAGAGCUGGCCGAGCUCCUGCAGAAAUACGAUGGCGAGUGGAGCCCAGAGGGACUGGAGCCUUUCAUCCAGGAGUUCGCCAAGGCGAAGGGCAUGA